UUUCGUUUGUUUCUGAAUCCACAAUGUCGUGAAAAAUAUUGUGAAAGCAAUAUACCUAUGAUUCCCCGACUUGCGCUUUAAAUUGCCCGCGUAUCAGCUGAUGACAUAUUCAUCUGUGGAUGACGAUCUUUUACGUCAGCAUCUGAGGCGAAUCGGGUACUUUUUUGGCCAGCGAAAUAAGCAUAGGCCAAUAGGCCAUACACUCCACAGAGUCCAGAGACGCCAGCGGCCAGAGUGACAGUGGCCUUUCUUAUGCCGAGAAAGGACUCAAAGGAGUAUUUUUUAGAACGGAUUCCUAUGAAGGCAUUUGGGUAGCCUUAGCUUUUUAAUAUUUUUUAAAUUAACAAUUAGCUAAAAUGAAACACUUAAAAUGUAGUCGGAUAUCCCUGUGUCUGCUGGCUUUGGUGAGCUUUGUUGCAGCAAAUAGGAUAAAAAACAUGUUAUAUAUGCCAAUCGAUGGAGCUGCAGCUUGUUUUCGGAGGCACAAUGGAACGCAUCAGUUUGGGUGUUCAUCCAGUAAAUCAGGUAGCGUAGGUGUGAUUCACAUAGUGGAAAGUAUGGAAGAUGUGCAGUGGCUAGAACAGAAUAGCACUGCUGGACCUUACACAAUAGUCCUGUCCUUUGACAUGUUUAAAAUGGAUGUGUUAAAAAAAUUCAAAGAUUCACACAACGUGAAUGGAGUUUUAUUAACUAGAAAUACAAGUUUAGAACGUCCUUCGAGUUAUUCGCCAGAAGAUAGUUGCCCCAAUAGAUAUUCAGGGUUCAAGUCAUGCGAAGAGCCAUGGAAUCCUUAUGGCUCUUCGUUGCUCUUAGAAGACUGGCCUUUCCCAAUGUUUUAUAUGCAGGAUGAGAAAGCUCUUGAGAAGAUCAAAGAAUGCUACCUAAAGUACAAUGCACACAAUCGAGAGAAACAGGCUGAGAGAUCUCUGUGUGCUAUUGAAAUGAAAUCCUUUAUGUUUGCUGCACUCAAUUCAGAAUCUUGCAUCAGGCGGAGUACAUCCAGUAUCAACUUCAACCCAAAUGUUUUCUGUGAUCCUCUUGGUGAUAGGAAUAUUCACUGGCCUGUAGGGCCCAUUACUGAUAAUGUCAAGAAUGUCAUCAUGGUCAUAGCUAGACUUGACGCGAAUUCUUUGUAUGAAAAUUUAGUACCUGGAGCUGGCAGUACAGUCACUGGAUUGGUAACUUUAUUAGCGACUGCCACUUAUCUUCAUUCUUUGAAUGCUACAGUCAAUAAUACAAAUGUGGUGUUUUCAUUACUAAAUGGAGAAUCAAUGGACUACAUAGGGUCCAGCAAAUUAGUUUAUGAUCUCAAGGAAGGAACUUUUCGUUCUUUAGGCAAUAAGCUUCUUAAAUUUGAGCAAAUUAGUCAUGUCAUCGAAUUGGGUCAAGUCGGUGAAGGACAGCUUUACUUACACGCCAAUAAUUUCCAGGAUAGUUCAAUUUUAGCCAACGUGCAGAAAGCGCUUGGUGCAGAGGUACUGGAGAACAGCGUACCUCCAGCAUCCAUACAGAGUUUUCUGAAAGCGAACUCAAGCCUGCCAGCUGUCGUUAUUGCCAAUCAUGGCAAGAACUUCGUCAACAAGUAUUAUAACAGCCUGUUAGAUGACGCCGUAGGACUUGCGUACUCGAGGAAUAAGUCGGAAAAGCUAACAUCUAGCCUGGCAAAAAUCGCGACGACGCUUGGCAAUGAACUCUACCGGCUGAUAACGAACAGCUCGAUACCGCCCAGUACGAACACUAGCCUUGUCACUGAACUAGUGAGUGAACUGCUACCGUGCUAUCUUGUGAGUGCCAGAUGUCCCCUAUUCCAGGCAGCCUCGCCUCCUGGUACGAUUCUCCCCGACCAGGUGCUACCCAUGUACGUGAGCGUCAUCAGGUCCGACAACGCAGCGACUACCCUGACGGGUCAGCUGCUAGCAGUGCUUACAGGCGAGCAAUAUCCUCAUAUGAAUACUAGCACUUGUCUUGAGAAGCAUUUGCUCUGGAUGGCUGGCAGGAAUCUUAGCGGACUUUGCAUCAAUGCAACGGUUAAUUAUAGCAAUGCUGUCAGUCCAGCAUUUCUCAUUGAAGGCUAUAACAUGAAGUCAGGUAUCUACUCGACUUGGACGGAAUCAGUGUGGCAGAACCUGGGCAUGAGAAUGCUCCUGAAACCAUCAGCAGCAAUGGAAAGGCUCAGUUUGAUCCUGGGCAGUACAGUUGCUGGUCUGUCGUUUAUCCUUGUGUGGUUCAUCACUUCUCGAGCUGAUACUUUGUUCAAUACAGGAUCCGUGGAUCUAUAGGAAUACGAGAUGGAUCGCAUAUCAUUGACCAGUCCAGACUACGAAGAAAGUGAGCCUUUCAUCUAAACUAGUCCAAACGUCGUGAAAGUACGCGGAUGAGUACACACUUGGACGAACGUGAAUCAACUUACAUACUUCUCCGUUUGUUAUGUAAUACGGAAUAACUAAUUUUUUACAAAAACUUCGUUGUACCGAUUGUUUCGUGCUUGAAUUCCACUUAAAAAAAUUGAAAAUAAAACGGAGCAUUUAUAGGUUCUUAUUCGAGUCCCGCGAUAACUUCGAAUUGUGUCAGUAUUAGGGACGAAUAAAAUUUUCAGCAGUCUGAUACAAUAUUGAAACAGACAUAGCUAGGAUUUUUAAUAAAAUUACGAAAGCAGAAGAAAAAAAUUAAAAAUAUUUAUCUCUUCGUACAUUUUGAAAGAUGAAUCCUGUAAUUAUAGAGCAUUUGAAUCAUGAAAUUUAUUGGUUAAGACUUUUUUAUAAUUAAUAGAAGUUUAAUAAUUACUCCUCGCAGGAUAUUGUCAAUAUUUUCAGCUCUCUGACUGAUUAAAGUUGGAAAUAAAUUUUAUUUUAAUAUUGAAAUAUCAUUAUUUAUUACAACUAUUAUAAAUCAAACUGUGUGCGACCUGUUUAUUUUUUACUACGGCUUCACUUGACAAAUAUUUAGUUAUAUUUUUUAAUCUUACGAAAAAUGUGGACUUUAAUUUUCACAUAUAGAAAUGUGAAUAAUUUGGUGAUAUCGAUUUUUUCAAUAAAUUGAUAAUAGAAUUUUUA